UUAAUUGAAUUAAAAUUAAAACUUCAAAUUAAACAACGGUGUUUUUACUACCUCCUCAUGAACCUAUGAUUUUUGUUCCUCAUGAGGAUUGAAAUCAGAUAUUUCUUCAUAGUUGGGUCUUGGUAUCCACUCAACUACUAAUAAUCACUGGGAUUAUUUUGAAAAUUGAUUAUUCUGGAAUAGUUGAAAUUGGCACCAAAUUUUAAAAGAAAACUAAAGAUUGUCUUCUUUCAAUAAUAUGAAUUCAUAUUUGAAAGCUUUGAAUCCAUUUUACUUCCCACAAUAUUCAACACACUCGUUUGUUAGUAGGCCUAUGCAUCAUCUACUCAAAACUAUUUACUCAUAAUAAGCUUCUUUUUAACAUGAAAAUUCAUCUCCUAUUUACUUUUUUUAUGGUAACUGUGAUAAAAUUUCAUUAAAACUGUCUUCUUCUCAUAUAAUGGAGCAUGAUAACUCCUUCUGCUUCUCUUCAACUUUACAUUUAUGACGUGAACAACCAUCUAUUAAACUGUUAUACUUUUAUAACUCAUAAUCUGAGUUUUCUCUUCAAUCUGGUCUUAUUGCAAGAACGUUCAUUAAAUAGCUUCAUAUCUAUAUAAAUUCACUCUUACUAUCUUACAAUAAUGAUUAAUUUAAGUUAUAAUACUUCAUUUUUUACAUCUUGUUAUUAAUAAAUUAUAACACAUUAUAUACUAUUUUCAUGGAAAAAUUCUACUCCAAUUAAUUUCAUUGUCAUUCAUAAUUUUUCCUGGACAAUGAAGAGAAUGGACCUUCUUUCAAUAUGGUACUAGCCAUUUCAUUAUUGGUGUUAUACGUUUUCUUUUUGCUACUGUUACUGAAACUAUUCAUUCUACAAGCUCUGACACUAACAUUAAUUUCAACAAGGUUUUUACUUUUUUCAGUAUGAAAAAAGCUUCACUACUGAUAAUCAAUUACUAAUAAUACACCACUAUUCAACAAGCUUCAUAAUAUUCUUCCUUGUUCAUUUAACAAGCUUCAUUGACCCUAUCCUAAUAAAAUAAGCUUUAUUACUGUUCCUAUGUCUAGUAACACACAUAUUGAUUUUUGGACGUACGAUUUUUUGCCGUCCUUAUAAAUUCUAUUGAAUUAAAUGGAUGAUGUAUUUCAAGUUUCGUUUUGUUUGGUAGAAUUCAUAAUGACGGCAAAACAUCGAACGUCCAAAAAUCGAUCUGUUUGUAACUGGCUUACGACAGAAUAAGCUUGACCACAAAUCUCUUUUAUGCUUUAUUAAUGUGUUUUUCUUGCCGAGUAACGAACUAUAUGCCUUUAUAUAUUACUCAUCACCUUUCAAAAAGCUUUAUCAAUAAUAUUUCAUUGUUAACAUAACAAGCCUUAUUAAUGUUUCUGUUUGUUACCGCUUAUCUCUUGUGCAUGCUACCACUGACCCAUUGCGUUCUCGUAGCGAUGCGCCCGAAGCGCCCCAUAAACCCAUGCGCGCGCAGCCCCUGUGGCCCAUUCAGCAUGUGUCGACUGAACAACGACCUGGCAGUUUGCUCGUGUCAGCCGAACCACAUCGGGUCGCCGCCAUCUUGCCGGCCCGAGUGCAUGGUCAGCUCAGAGUGUCCGCUCAACCAGGCCUGUGUCAACCAGAAGUGUGCCGACCCCUGUCCCGGCACCUGUGGCCUCAACGCCCGUUGUCAGGUCGUCAACCACAACCCAAUCUGCACCUGCAACCCGGGCCUCACCGGCGACCCCUUCACGCGCUGUCUUAUGGUCGAAAGUAAGCAUGCGCUCUCUUCUGCAACCUCUCUUGUCUUUCUCUUUCUCAUGCGUUGAAUCAUACUGAUUUCGAUAGGAAUAUUUUUUUAUUAUUCAUUCUCUUAUUUUCUCAUUGUGAUUCACUCUUCAAUGUAAUUUGAGUCUCACAAGCUGGUUGAUGGCAAAAAGUGCUAACUUGAUCAUUUUAGAGCAGCAGUAAAUAAAUUGAAAAUAUAAAUGAUAAGAAUAGGUAAAUUAGUACCUACAUACUUCUUCUCUGUGAUGAUAGCCAAUCUCUUAGAAAUGGACAAGGCAUCCAAUGAAGAAAAUGUAGCCAAUUUUGCUUUUGAACGAGAAAUUUCUAUUGUACUUCUUUCAAUUACAGUACAAUUACAAUAGAUUCCAAAACCUGAAAACUUUGAAUCCUUUUGGUCUUUUCUAUUUCAUUGUUGUUGAGAUAAUAAUCAAAAAUAUUAUUGUUGGGAUAAGAUAAUUUAUUCAAAAAUAUCAAAUCCUAAAAUGCCUACCUACCUCAGUUUGAUUCAAAGAUUGAUUUUCCAACUGUUCUAUUCUUAAGCUAUUUUAUCAUUUAAU